AUGAAGUUAUCAACACCAAGAUAUACAUUUUGCUUAAUAAGUCAGUUAACUUUUAUGUUUUGCGAUCUGAUAUUUAAUUGCGUUAGCUUGUUUCCUAGGAGUCGUGAUGGAUUACUGGUAUUAUUUAUAUUUCAGGAUCUAUUUCUAGUCCUAUCAAUAACCACAAUUUUAGUAACGUUCUUCUCAACAUAUUUAUUUCAAGCUGGUCUAGUAGAAGUUUUAAUUCGCAAGUUCCGAGCAGCCGGCUCUGUGAUAAUUGGUUAUGUGGCCGCGAGUGUUGUGCUACAUGCAGUGUGGCUGCUGGAGAAGUGGGGAGAUCCAGAGUCUGUGUCCACACCUAUGCUCAUCGUCCUGUUCACUUUGCAACGAUGUUUAUCUCCCUGGUACUACUUCUUCUACAAAAGAGCAGCAUUGAGGGUCAGCGACCCUCGCUUUUAUGAAGACAUAGACUGGAUUAAUCAGCAAUUGCAGUCUCGU